AUGCACCCUUGCAGCUCACCUGGAGGAAGAAGUAUUCAGGGUGCCCUAGGAGGAGGAAUGGGACCUGCGCUGUCCCCUGGGGACAGACGGAUGAUCCUGGCCUUCUGCUUGAUCCUGGCUACAGCUUGGGGCCAGAUGAAUUUCACAGGAGAUCAGGUUCUUCGAGUUCUGGCCAAAGAUGAAAAGCAGCUGUCGCUUCUCCGGGAUCUGGAGGCCCUAAAACCCCAGAAGGUGGACUUCUGGCGGGGCCCAGCCAGACCCAGCCUCCCUGUGGACAUGAGAGUCCCCUUCUCUGAACUGAACGAUGUCAAAGCUUACCUGAAGUCUCACGGACUUGCUUACAGCGUCAUGAUAAAGGACGUUCAGGUGCUGCUAGAUGAAGAGAGAGAAACCAUGGCAAAGUCCCGCCGACUGGAGCGCAGCACAGCCAGCUUCAGCUAUUCCUCUUACCAUACCCUGGAGGAGAUAUACAGCUGGAUCGACAACUUUGUAACUGAGCAUUCUGACAUCGUCUCCAAAAUUGACAUUGGCAAAAGCUUUGAAAAUCGGUCCAUUCUUGUCCUGAAGUUCAGCACUGGAGGUUCUCAGCGCCCAGCUAUUUGGAUCGACACUGGCAUUCACUCCCGGGAGUGGAUCACCCAUGCCACGGGCAUCUGGACUGCCAUGAAGAUUGUCAGUGCGUAUGGCAAAGACCACGUCCUGACCGACAUACUGAAAGCCAUGGACAUUUUCAUAGAGCUUGUCACCAACCCUGAUGGUUUUGCUUUUACCCACAGCAUGAAUCGCUUGUGGAGGAAAAACAAGUCAAGCAGACCUGGCAUCUUCUGCAUUGGUGUGGACCUCAACAGGAACUGGAAGAUAGGCUUCGGAGGAAAUGGUUCUAACAAAAACCCCUGCUCAGAGACGUAUCGCGGGCCCUCGCCUCAGUCAGAGCCAGAGGUGGCUGCCAUUGUGGACUUUAUCACGGGGCACGGGAACAUCAAGGCUCUGAUCUCCAUCCACAGCUACUCUCAGAUGCUCAUGUACCCUUAUGGCCACUCUCUUGCACCUGUUUCAAACCAGGAGGAGCUGUACAAUCUUGCCAAGGAUGCCGUGGAUGCUCUCUACAAGGUCCAUGGAAUGGAGUACAUUUUUGGCAGCAUCAGCAACACCCUCUAUGUAGCCAGCGGGAUUACCGUGGACUGGGCCUAUGACAAUGGCAUUAAGUACGCUUUCAGCUUUGAACUCCGGGACACUGGGCGCUACGGUUUCUUGCUGCCAGCCUCGCAGAUCAUCCCAACGGCCCAGGAGAUGUGGAUAGCAAUACAGGUCAUCAUGACACACACGCUGAAUCACCCCUACUAG